UGCACAGAGCAAUAAACGCAAGCUGGUGUGUUGUACGCUAGGGCAACGCUUGCGUCCAAUAAAAACUACACUCUAAGCUCACAUUAUACAUAUGCUUUAAUACCGAGACGCGUUGGAACACAUUUCAAGCGGACGGAGAGGAAGUAACGCUAAAAGAGCAGAAAAUCUGCCUUUAUUCAUUGAAAUCCACUGCUUGAGUCGGACACGCUGAUGGCGGCGACAGUGGAGGAGCUCUACCGUAACUAUGGCAUUCUUGCCGAUGCAAAAGAGGAUCUCAGCAAGCACAAAGAUGCCUACCAGGUAAUUCUGGAUGGUGUUAAAGGAGGCCCUAAAGAGAAGCGACUGGCCGCACAGUUCAUUCCAAAAUUUUUCAGCAGUUUUCCAGAACUUUCUGAUUCAGCCAUCAAUGCACAGCUUGAUCUGUGUGAAGAUGAGGAUGUGUCUAUCCGGAGGCAGGCUAUCAAAGAGCUCCCUCGUUUCGCAUCAGGAGAGAAUUUACCAAGAGUCGCAGACAUCCUCACACAGCUCUUGCAGACAGAUGAUUCUGCUGAAUUCAAUCAAGUCAACACGGCGUUGAUUUCCAUUUUCAAACUUGAUCCAAAAGGAACUCUGGGAGGCUUGUUCAGUCAAAUCCUACAAGGAGAAGAUAUUGUUCGAGAAAGGGCGAUCAAGUUUCUCUCUACCAAGUUGAAAACGAUGCCAGAUGACACCAUGACAAAGGAGGUGGAGGAUUACAUCUUCACAGAGACUAAAAAGGUCCUGGAGGAUGUCACGGGGGAGGAGUUUGUUCUUCUGAUGCGUAUCCUGUCAGGGCUGAAGACCAUGCAGACUGUGAGCGGGAGACAGCAGCUGGUGGAGCUGGUGGUGGAACAAGCCUUCCUGGAGCAGGCCCUCAACCCAGCAGAAGCUGACAGCGUUGACCGGCUCUUGCAGUGCACACGCCAGGCCUUACCACUCUUUUCUAAAAAUGUGCAUUCUACUCGCUUUGUGACAUACUUCUGUGAAUACGUUCUGCCCAACCUCAGUCUGCUUACCAGUCCUGUAGCAGAACUGGACAUCCAGCUCGAGGUACUUAAGUUAAUGGCAGAGAUGAGUCCGUUUUGUGGGGACAUGGAUAAACUGGAGGUCAACCUCAAGAUGCUGUUUGAGAAGCUACUGGAGUUCAUGCCACUGCCUCCAGAGGAUGAGAAUGGAGAGAAUGCAGCGAAUGAAGAGCCCAAACUGCAGUUCAGCUACGUGGAGUGCCUGCUGUUCAGCUUCCACCAACUAGGCAAAAAAUUACCUGACUUCCUCAUCGACAAAAUCAGCGGAGAGAAGCUAAAGGACUUCAAGAUAAGGCUACAAUACUUUGCCAGAGGACUGCAAGUAUAUAUUCGUCAACUGCGUGUUGCUUUGCAAGGCAAGACAGGAGAUGCACUGAAAACAGAGGAGAAUAAAAUAAAAGUUGUUGCAUUGAAGAUCACCAACAACAUAAACGUUUUAAUAAAGGAUCUGUUUCAUAACCCUCCAUCCUAUAAAAGCACAGUCACUCUGUCCUGGAAACCUGUGCAGAAGACCGAGGCAGCAGCAGCAGUUGGCCAGAAGAGGCUGUCUGGAGAGGACAUUGGGGCAACAGCAGCAGCAAAGAAGCUUCCCACAAAUUUACCCAGGAGGGACGCCCGUCAGAUUUACAAUCCACCUAGCGGGAAGUACAGCGCCAGCAUUGGGAACUUCUCAUACGUGGCUUUUUCUUUGCAAUUUUUCCCAUAAGGCCUGCACCCCUGAGUCUUCUCUUCACUGUUGUACAUGAAACUGGUGUUGAGCGGGUAGAAUUCAAUGAAGCUGUCAGCUGAGGACAUGUGAGGCGUCUAUUUCUCAAACUAGAGACUCUGAUGUACUUAUCCUCUUGUUUAGUUGUACAUCUGGCCUUCCACAUCUCUUUCUGUCCUUGAUAGAGCCAGUUGUCCUUUGUCUUUGAAGACUGUAGUGUACACUCAUGAAAUCGUCAGUUUUUUUUGGCAAUUUCAAGUAUUGUAUAGCCUUCAUUCCUGAAAACAGUGAUUGAUGAGAUUCUAGAGAAAGCUGUUUAAUUUUUGACCUAAUAUUGAGCUUAAGACAUGCCAGUCUAUUGCAUACUGUGGCAACUCAAAAACAAACACAAAGACAAUGUUAAGCUUCAUUUAACAAACCAAAUAGCUUUCAGUUGUGUUUGAUAUAAUGGCAAGUGAUUUUCUAGUACCAAAUUAGCAAUUUAGCAUGAUUACUGAAGGAUAAGGUGUUGGAGUGAUGGCUGCUGGAAAUGGGGCCUGUCUAGAUUUGAUCAAAAAUGACUUUUUUCAAAUAGUGAUGGUGCUGUUUUUUUACAUCAGUAAUGUCCUGACUAUACUUAGUGAUCAGUUGAAUGCCACUUUGGUGAAUUAAAGAACCAAUUUUAUUCCAAAACAGAAAAAAUCUGUACAUUAUUCCAAACUUUUGGCCGCCAGUGUAUAUAUGACAAAUUAGGCAUCUAGACAAUAAACACACACACACAUAUAAACUCAGCAAAAAGAAACGUCCUCUCACUUUCAACUGCUUUUAUUUUCAGCAAACUUAACGUGUAAAUAUUUGUAUGAACAUAAAAAGAUUCAACAACUAAGAAAUAAACUGAAGUUUCACAGACAUGUGACUAACAGAUAUGGAAUAAUGUGUCUCUGAACAAAGGGGGGAUCAAAAUCAAAAGUAACAGUCAGUAUCUGGUGUGGCCACCAGCUGCAUUAAGUACUGCAGUGCAUCUCCUCCUUAUGAACUUCACCAGAUUUGCCAGUUCUUGCUGUGAGAUGUUACCCCACUCAUCCACCAAGGCACUUGCAAGUUCCUGGAUAUUUCUGGGGGGAAUGGCCCUAGCCCUCACCCUCCGAUCCAACAGGUCCCAGACGUGCUCAAUAGGAUUGAGAUCCGAGCUCUUCGCUGGCCAUGGCAGAACUCUGACCUUCCUGUCUUGCAGGAAAUCAUGCACAGAACGAGCAGUAUGGCUGGUGGCAUUGUCAUGCUGAAGGUUCAUGUCAGGGUUAGGGUUAGGAAGGGUACCACAUGAGGGGGAGGAUGUCUUCCCUGUAACGCACAGCGUUGAGAUUGCCUGCAAUGAAAACAAGCUCAGUCCAAUGAUGCUGUGACACACCGCCCCAGCCCAUGACAGAUCCUCCACCUCCAAAUCAAUCCCGCUCCAGAGUACAGGCCUCGGUGUAAUGCUCAUUCCUUCGACGAUAAAUGUGAGUCCGACCAUCACCCCUGGUGAGACAAAACCACGACUCAUCAGUGAAGAGCACUUUUUGCCAGUCCUGUCUGGUCCAGCGAAUGUGGGUUUGUGCCCAUUUGUGAUGUUGUUGCUGGUGAUGUCUAGUAAGGACCUGCCUUACAACAGGCCUACAAGCCCUCAGUCCAGCCUCUCUCAGACAAUUGCAGACAGUCUGAGCACUGAUGGAAUGAUUGUGCGUUCCUGGUCUAACUCGGGCAGUUAUUGUUGCCAUCUUGUACCUGUCCCGCAGGUGUGAUAUUCGGAUGUACCGAUCCUGUGCAGGUGUUACACGUGGUCUGCCACUUCGAGGACGAUCAGCUCAACUCUCCCUGUAGUGCUGUCUUAGGCGUCUCACAGUAUGGACAUUGCAGUUUAUUGCCCUGGCCACAUUUGCAGUCCUCAUGCCUCCAUGCAGCAUGUCUAAGGCACUUUACUCAGAUGAGCAGGGACCAUGGGCAUCUUUCUUUUGGUGUUCUUCGGAGUCAGCAGAAAGGUCUCUUUAGUGUCCUAAGUUUUUAGGGCUGAAACGAUUAGUCGAUGUUAUCGACAACGUCGACAAUAAAAAAAAAAAAGUCAACAAAAAUUUUCGUUGUCGAAUAGUUGUUUGAUCUUAACGUAACAUAAGAUCAUAUGAAACUCUAAUGAUUGCACACAAGAGCAGCAUUGCAGCUCGCAUCUGACUGUGGAGAGGAAGAAAACACAUCUCACAGUCCAGACGAACUCUAAACUUUCCAAACAGCUUCAGGUGAUGUAGAUCGCAAACUAUGAGGGAAUUAUAAUGCAAAAAAACAAAAUAAGUAAAUACAGAAGCACUCUUGUUGUGGAAUAAGCAGAGCCGGAGCUGACGCUCAGCUUAAGCAAAACUUGCGUGUUGAGCGUCUUUAAAGGAAACACCCCGGCGUUACAUCUUUAAUGCAGUUCUAUUUAAUGAGUUAUAGCUUUAUUAAAGUUGAAAUAAUAAGGAAACUUAUUAUUUCUCUGUGCGGUCAGCGCCUCUUCUAUGAGUUGCGCGAAGUGUCCUGAUCUAAGGGCGAGAGAUUGAAACUGCACCCGGCUGAGGUACACUCUGUUGCGGGGACGCUCAUCCCUCGAGUGCGUGUGCUUAAUGUAGCUAGAUUAUAACGCGAUGGCAACUUAUUGAAUCAUAUGUCACUAUGCAUUACUUAUCGUGAAGAAAAUUGGCAAAACGCAGCUUUAUUAAUGAGAGAGUUUGUUUUUUUGUGAGAUAACGAUGGAUUGGAGUGAACAAAAAGGUGAGAGAGGGUAGUCUUUGCCCCAUUAUACACUUUUCUUUUUUACUAGUUUUUAUUUUGGCUUGUUUUCCAAUAUAAAUAUCUAAAACUCCUUUAAAACAACGUACAUUUAAUUUAGUAGCUAUACUGCAGAAUAUUUUUUUUUGUUUUUAUCUGAGAAUGUUGAAUACAAUAUUAAAAAUACAAAUAUUUUAAAAUAUCUAAAAAUCCUUUAAAAAAAGAUGCAUUCACCUUAA